CAGACAGAGCCACCAUGGGGACGACCGCCCCCGGGCCCGUCCACCUGCUGGAGCUGUGUGACCAGAAGCUCAUGGAGUUUGUGUGCAACGUGGACAAUAAGCACUUGGUGUGGCUCGAGGAGAUCGAGGAGGAGGCCAAGCGCAUGUUCACCAGAGAAUUCAGCCAACAGCCCGAGCUGAUGCCCAAAACGCCUUCUCAGAAGAACCGACGGAAAAAGAAACGGAUUUCACACGUUCAGGAUGAAAACAGAGACCCCAUCCGGAAAAGGUUGUCCCACAGGAAGUCUGCGAUCAGCGAGGACAAGGUGGAGCCGCUGGCGGCCGGGGACAACGGCACCGUCAUGCGGCGGAUGACUCGGGUUUCGCCCAUCCCCGAGUCUCCCACCCCGCUGACCAGGAAGCCCAAGAUCGUGCCCAGGGUGGAGAUCGGCGUCAGCGAGCGCCACAGAGCGGAGCAGCACGUCAGCCAGCGCGUUUCCGCCCGGGCUCCGUCCCCGGCUCCGUCAGAUGAGGAAUCUACACCCAAGAAGCCAGAGGCCGGGAGACUGGAGUCAGUCGCCGUGAGCUCUCUGAUGGCUACACCCCAGGACCCCAAGGGCCGAGGGGUCAACGCAGGCCGGUCGGCCUCCAAGCUCAGGAUUGCACGGACCUCCCCGGGCCCGCAGGACGCACCCGGCUCUCCAGCCUCCCCGUGGCAGGAGCGGGUGCUGGUGCCCAUCCUGCCUGAUAACUUGUCCACCCCCAAGGGGGCCCUCGUGGACCGGCGGUCAGUGCGGCGCAGCCUGAUCGCCCCGUCCUCCCCGGGUCCCCAGAACUCUCUGGCCCAGAAGUACUCCCUGGUGGACAAACCCAGGAGCACCGUCCGCAAGUCAAACAGACUUGCCCAGAAUGCCACCAAAGAGCCCGCAGCCUCUGCCCGCAUCAUCUGUCACAGUUACCUGGAGAGACUCCUAAAUGUUGAGGUGCCCCAAAAAGUCAGCCCCGAGGAGGACCCCAGCGAGGAGGCGGAGCCUGUGGUGGAGGCGGAGCCAGAGGUCCCCAAGAUUGUCACUAGCACGCCCGGCUCGCAGCCUGCGGCCGGUGGCCAGGACACGCCCUCCGUGGGGCAGCGAGAGGCCAAGACCCACCAAACAGAUGGCCCCAUGGAGCCACCGCCGAGUGUCAGGAGGAAGCGCAGCUACAAGCAGGCCGUGAGUGAGCUGGACGAGGAGCAGCAGCUGGACGAGGACGAGCUGCAGCCCCCCCGGAGCAAGACCCCUUCCCCGCCCUGUCCGGCCAGCAAGGUGAGUUGCAGCUUCGUUCGCCCAUGGGGCUGGAGGCUGUGGGCUGGGGGGUUGCCCUGGGCCGUCCUCCUCACACCCCCUCCCGCCCAGGAGAAGGAGCGGCAGCGCCUGGAGCAGCUGCGCCGGAAGGAGGAGGCGGAGCAGCUCCGCAGGCAGAAGGUGGAGGAGGCCAAGCGGCAGCGGCUGGAGGAGGUGAAGCUGAAGCGGGAGGAGCGCCUGCGCAAGGUGCUGCAGGCCCGGGAGCGGGCAGAGCAGAUGAAGGAGGAGAAGAAGAAGCAGAUUGAGCAGAAGUUGGCUCAGCUGGAUGAGAAGACCGAGAAGGCCAAGGAGGAGCGACUGGCGGAGGAGAAGGCCAAGAAAAAGGCGGCGGCCAAGAAGAUGGAGGAGAUGGAGGCGCGCAGGAAGCAGGAGGAGGAGGCGCGGAGGCUCCGGAGGCUGCAGCAGGUGCGAUGGAGGGGUGGGCUGGGCAUCCAGGGGGAGGGGGCGCAGAUGGGCGCUGCCCGAGCCCCUGAGGGCUGCUGGGCACACCCCACUUGGGAGCAGCAGGAGAGGGAGAAGGCCCUGCGGCUGCAGAGGGAGCUGGAGGAGAAGAAGAAAAAGGAAGAGCAGCAGCGUCUGCAGGAGGAGCAGGAGAAGAAAGCCAGGGAGGCUGCCGCGGCCAGCAAAGGCCUGAACACGACCGUGGACGUGCAGUCUCCAGCUUGUACCUCCUAUCAAAUGACGCCACAGGGGCACAGGGCUCCCCCCAAGAUCAACCCGGACAACUACGGGAUGGACCUGAAUAGCGAUGACUCCACCGAUGAUGAGUCGCAUCCCCGGAAGCCCAUCCCCUCCUGGGCCAGAGGUGCCCAGCUCAGCCAGGCCAUCCUCCACCAGUACUACCACCCCCCGAACCUGCUGGAGCUCUUCGGCACCAUUCGCCAGCUGGACUUGGAGGACAUCUUCAAGAAGAGCAAGCCUCGCUACCACAAGCGCACCAGCUCCGCCGUCUGGAACUCGCCGCCCCUGCCGGGCCCCCGGGUCCCCAGCAGCCUGACCUACAGCCUGAAGAAGUUCUGAGGCAGCCCCUCUGUCUGUCUGCCAUGUCUCCGUUGGUCUGUGCCCUCCUGCCUUGUGUUCUGUCCUGAGGGUGGUUCUGUAUGUUCUAUCUGUGUUCUGGUGGCCCCGGCUGUGUGGAGGCUGCACGUGGUGUGCGUCCGGGGACGUCCCGGGCCAGCCCACGUGGUUCUGUAAAUAGGUUGCAAUAACUUAGCCUGGACUCGAGCAGGUAGAUUAAUAAAGUUGAUGCCUUUAA